AUGGACGAGCAACAGCAUCACCACCACCAUCAACCCCCGACCCAGGCUGGAUCUGCCUCGGGGUCCGAAGACCGUCCUUCUCAGGUUUUCACCGGCUACGGCUCCUACAACGGCGCGCCCACCCACGCUGGCUCGUCUAAUUCGAUGUCGAUUCACGACCAGCUGAGCGGCUCGCCUCAUGCCAGCGGCGGCGGCGGCGCGAUUGCGGCUCGCAGGAUGAGCGCCGGGCGUGAUCCCCGGGAUGACGAGCCCGAGGAUUUGUUCCCCGAUAUCCCCGAGGCCAAGAAGCGCAAGUUUAUUCUGGUCGAGGACUCCGACAGGCAGAGCCGCCUCCGGGUGCGCGUCACGCUGGACGGCGUGGACACGCGCGAGAUUCCCGAUAGCUUCCGCAAGAGCAGCAGUGUUUAUCCCAGGUCGUACUUCCCCCGGGAGAUGCAGAGCCCGCCCCCGAGCGCGACGGGAAGCAAGUUUUUCUUGGACGACGCGAGUGAUUAUGACGGCAACGAGGACGAUGGGACGACCGAUACCGAGGGUCGCCGUGCUGGUCGCGGCGCCAGAAGCAGAGGUCGGACCAUGGUCAAGGUUCCCAUGGGUGAGGGCCAGGAAGGGGAGGUGGCCAUUCCGAGGAUGAGGAAGGGGUUUAGGGGGAAGGAGGUGAGGCUGAAUGAUUUGGGGUAUCGGAUGGCCUGGUUGCAGAGUAGGGUUUUUGCAGGGAGGACGGUGUUUUUGCAGCGAGCUUUGGACUGCUACAGAAACAAGACCCGAAGCGCCAUGGAGUCGGUCAUGCAAGACGUCAAGACAGCGGCGCCGCACUACGAGACGCGAGUCGGCAAGAGAAAGUGGAACGAUCGGAUGCGCGGAGGGGAGAAGAAGGAGGACGAUUAGUUUCUGUCUUCCACCUUGCGCGACGUCUCUUUUUCUUGCGGAGCCACUUUCAUGGACAACGACGACGACGUUUAUGAGCAUGAGCAAUGAGCAUGUGAGCUGGCCGUCUUUCUCCUGGCAGCACAAUCCAAAAGUUCACGACUCUCUUGCAGAAGAGGAAAAAAAAGCAUCGGCAUCAAUCAGCAUUCGUC